CCCUUUGUCACCUCAACACCGCUAAACUAGGCGCUGUUGAACAGCGAUGGGCUGCUCAGCUCGCGGUUUUCGAUUUUGGUGUCAAGUACCGCCCUGGGCGAUGCAACACAGCAGCUGACGCCCUGUCCAGGAGACCAGGACCCGAUGAACCUGAGCCUGAAAGUGAGGACACAGAGUAUGAUGGCUGCCUGGCAAUCUGUAACUCCCUUAGGACAGGAACGGCUCUGGGACCAGACUUGUUGGUAGCAGGAGUUGAGGGCAGUAAAGUCAGACUGUUACAGGCUUCGUUGGCUGAGGAGGAUAAUGUGGAAUGUGAGAACACCCCCACUUUGCCAGGAUAUUCGAACGACGAACUCCGACAGUUUCAGGAGGCUGAUCCCACCCUCAGUGUGUUUGAAAGAUUCUGGAGCCAGAAAAGGAAACCUACCCGCCAGGAGAAACUAGGGCUGGCUAAACCUGUGCAGUGUCUCCUGAAGCAAUGGCAGAAGAUAAGAGAAAAGAAUGGCCUCUUAUACCGGGUAAUUGACGAUGUCCAGGUUGGAGAGUGUCACCAGCUGUUGAUACCCACCUGUCUGACUCACCAAGUCUUGAAGAAUGUCCACGAUCAGAUGGGACAUCAGGGUAUAGAAAGGACCCUGUGCCUGUUAAAGCAGAGAUGUUUCUGGGGAGGGAUGUAAGGGGACGUGGAACAGUGGGUGAAGAGGUGUCAGCGCUGUGUCCUAGCAAAGAUGCCACAGCCCAAGAUUAAAGCGCCCUGGACAUCCUUUUUGGCCUCCCGACCACUGGAGGUUGUGGCGGUAGAUUUCACCACACUUGAACCAGCCACAGAUGGACGGGAGAAUGUCCUAGUAGUGACUGAUGUGUUCACUAAAUUCAGUCAAGCAUUUCCUGCACGUGACCAAAAAACCGAAACCACUGCAAAGAUUCUACUCAGGGAAUGGUUCCUGAAGUAUGGAGUGCCGCAACGCUUGCACUCCGACCAGGGCAGAAACUUUGAAAGUGCUGUUAUCACAGAACUCUGCCGGCUAUAUGGGGUUAAGAAGACUCGCACGACACCUCACCAUCCCCAAGGAAAUCCUCAGUGUGAGAGGUUUAACAGAACUCUCCACGACCUCCUGAGGUCUCUUCCACCUGAAAAGAAGCGCAGGUGGCCUGAACACUUAUCUGAGCUUGUGUAUGCAUAUAAUGUCACACCACAUUCCUCCACUGGGUACUCUCCAUAUUACCUGUUAUUUGGUAUCCAGCCACAUCUGCCGAUUGAUGCUCUAUUGGGCCAGGAACCUGCAACAGAGAAUGGAUCUGACUGGCUAAAGGUACACCAGGAACGACUUCGAGAGGCACAUUCCCGAGCGAAGGAGUAUGCUGAAAGGAAGGCUGCUGAGAGGACGGCACAGCAAGAAGGAAAGGUAUAUUGCCCUGCCGUAGAGGUUGGACAACAUGUAUACCUGCGACAUCGGCCGCCUGGAAGAAACAAGAUUCAGGAAGCUUGGGCGCCCACACUGUACAGAGUCUCAGAGGUUCAGAGAUCAACAUACACGGUGGAGCCUAUUGAAGGAGGCCCAAUAAAAAGGGUGCAUAGAUCCAACCUCCGUCCCUGUGGAAAUCCAGUCCCCGUGCCCAGACCAAGGAGUCAGAAACCCCCUGAAAGAGAAUUACAUACUCGAGUUUCUGAACCCGAGAUGCCCUCACUAGAGGCAGAAUGUGUUCUGGUGGAGGAAGUUACAUGUCCAAGAGAGAUGCAAGCAGUAACUCUACCAUCAGAGGAUCCUGAACAGCCAGUUUUCGAGCUUGAAGCCUGCCUGGAUGAGGAGGUAGAGGAACCUGCUCAGAGUAAUAUGUGCUCUGGACCAGGAAGUCAUGUGGAACCUGAGGACACCCUGAAUGUGCAGCCAGCAUCGAUAGAGCUUGGGAAUGAAAGUAUCCACUUACCUGCUGAAAGUCCACAGUUGAGGCCUGUGCCAAUUCCUAGAAAGAAGUGCCACGAGUGCCUUGUAAAAGUGCCUUGCCCUACACCACGUAGAACGCCAAGAGCGAGUGCAGGGGUACACGGUAACCCAAACAGAUUACCCAAGACGGCUUGCAAUGCAGUGACCUUUACUCCUGAUGUGCUUUCCCAAGUGUUGGCGGGCAUGGUGCUGUAUACGUCCGGGAAGCUGCAAGGAGGGCUAGAUGAUGAGUGUUUAUAGUCACCGAGGACGUUGACUACCAGCAGGGGAGAGUGUAACCGGGUCACAAAGUUAAUGCUAGAAACCUCUGAAACUAAUAGAUCCCUCGGAGGGGUAUGGGUUAUCCGAUCCUUUUUAGUCGCUGGUAGAAAUGUUACGCUGGCCCUUUAAGAGGUGAUAAUGAGCUGAGGAGUCUUGCUCUUGUGUUCCUCCGGUGAGCAGCGCGGUUGAUCAGGCGGCUCGAACAGUGCUCGCGUGGUAAAGGGAUACUUUUGAAGAGCAGGGGAGAAAGUGUUUCAUAAGGCCCUCGUGUGUGCUCCAGGAACCGCGAGACACAUCGAGAGAAAGAGGCGAGUUUGUCACAUGCUGUGUUAGUGUGUUGUGCACCAGCGUGAAGAAACAACAGCGAGUUGUUAUUAAUUCAUUUGUAUGGUUGUGUAAUAUGCUUGUGUACAAUGUUGUGUACAGUGUUACUGAAGCAAUUAUUAGUUAAAUGGGGAAUUCGUGUUUAACAUGUGCGUAAUAUA